UCGGAACAGACCAGUCAACCCGGGUAGCAACGAGAAAUUUAUCAUCACCUUCAACCUCAUCAUCCAAACUCCACCACCGCCCACCGACGUCAAUUGACCCUUUCCUCCUCGACACCCGGGAAAAGAGAAAGAGAAAACACAGCCAAAAUGUUCCGAUCAGCAGUCCUCCGAUCCGUCCGCGUCGCCGCCCGUCCCGCCAUGCGCUCAUUCGCCGUGGCGCCCCGCGUCGCUACCGCCGCCGUCCCCAAGAUCCAGAGCUUCCAGGCCGUGCGGUUCUACAGCGCUGGCGGUGCGCUUAACAAGGAGGAGGUCGAGGGCCGAAUUAUGAGCUUGUUGAAGGGUUUUGACAAGGUCAACGAUGUUUCCAACAUCGGUGCCACCGCUCACUUCGCCAACGACCUCGGACUUGACUCUCUCGACACCGUUGAGGUCGUCAUGGCCAUUGAGGAGGAAUUCAGCAUUGAGAUCCCCGACAAGGACGCCGACUCCAUCCACUCCGUCCAACAGGCUGUCGAGUACAUCCUGAACCAGCCCGACGCCAACUAAACGUAUAUCUCCCAAACCACCACCCCUCUUUCUUCCUCCUCAUUGUACAAUUACCACUUUCAUGACCACCGAAAUCCUUCCUCGGCAAGGAUUUAAAAGAAGCCGAUAAAAAAAAAAGCCAGCGGGGGAUUCUGAAGGGGGUGGUGGUGGAAGGAAAGAUAUAAAAAUGCAAUAUAACGCAUCAAGUUCUUUUUUAAUCUCGGCGCACCAUGAGACGGUUCAUUGUUUUCCAGACGGUCGUGGAGGAGGAGCCACAGGAAGAGAGAUGAGGAGAUGUUUGAAUGAAAGACUUGGCGACAAGUGAUCGGCUUGAAGUGUAUUCUUGACCUCGUCUUUUACUGCUCGUGGGAUGUGACGACUGGUUGAUUCCUGAUCCUCAUAUUGUGAAGCAGUGAAUUGGGAGAAUGGGGAUGCAUCAACUUCGCUGAGUUGAAGAAGAGUAGAUAGUUGACUCUACUCUGUGGCUUUGUAUAGUGUAUAGAAACACCCAAUUUCUCUA